AUGAACUCGUACAGAUGUGAGGGUGAGAACAGAAGAGGACAGACUGAGAAUCACGAUGGACGAGUUCAAAUGGAUUCAAAUUUCUUUCAUCCUUGUGACGGUGCUUCAGCUGACAGCAGGAACCGGACUGUCUCCCCUCCAAGACUAUGUCAUAGUUGGAGAUGACGUCGCAUUGGCUUGUGGAAACGUGAUAGAAGAUCAGAGUGACUGUGACAGUACUACAUGGACUUACAGUGGACCAAGUAACGCAGCAGUAGAGCUGAUUACACUCGGGCAGAUUGCUGAAAACACUACGUUUGAAUCAGACAGACUGAGUGUUACAGUGAACUGUUCUCUGGUUAUAAAGAAGGUCACAAAGGAGGAUGCUGGUUAUUUUAGGUGUCAACAGUACAAAUCAGACAGAAAAGUGAAUCCAGAUGCUCCGGUGUAUCUGUCUGUUAUUUCCAUGACUGAGCAGAGGAACGGAGAUGAGGCGACAUUAAUCUGCUCUGUGUCGACGUCUAAAGAACACAGAGUGAAGUGGCUGUUUCAGGGUAAAAAUGUGAAAGAACAUCAGAAUGCGAGGACAUCAUACUCUCCCUGCAAUGCCUCUGUGACCUUUCCGAUUCAUCAUUACAUGUACAAAUCAAGAUAUAGGUCACUGGAGUGCAAAGUGAGUGUCGGUCACAGAGGGUAUCUGUUUUCCUUCAGACUUCAGGCGUCAGCUGAGAAUCUAGUUUCAGGUGUGUACGCAGGGACAAAUCAAACAGAACCAACUACAACUGUACCAAAAGCGACUGACGCUGUAAGAGCAGCCCAGUGGAGGCUGAUCGUUGUGUCUGUGGGUUUGUCAGCUCUCAUAAUAACUGUUGUGAUGGUCAACGUAUGGACAAGAACUAAAGGUAAACAAACACGUAUGGAUGAAAACGUGGUGAAUGGAAGCCAUGAAGAUGAUGAUGCUGUGAACUAUGAAAACAUCAGAUCUCCUGCAGAGGAAUGACACAAUCUUCUGUCUCUGUCAGACUACACAGAUCAACAACUCGAGUUUCUAUGAGUUCUUGUAGUCUGAGGAAAACCUCCCUCCAUCUGUGAACUUCUCUGUUGGAUUGAAAAUCUCAGUUUUUCAUUAGAACAAGAAUUUGUCUUAAUACAAAGAUUCAAUCUAAAUGACCAGAAAAUACAAAGAAAUGUAAAAAUACAGGCUUCUCUCUGAAGAUGAGGAUGCAAAUGACCGCCCUGUCAGACCUGAAAUGAAUGUAAAUACAUGUCACAUAUCUGAUACAAGCUCUGUGACAGCACAUAUAAUCUAUACAAUAUUAGUGCUUUUUAAAAAACACAUUAAAUCCGUUUUUGUUUUUUUUUACUUUAAAGGAAGAAAAAAACUUGCAAAUACUCAUCUUAACCCAAAAUUCUUGAAUCUUCAACUUCCUCACUCCUGGUUUUUGUGUCCUUCAUUUAUCAUGGACCUGAAGAAAGUAUGAACUUUGGAUUUUAAGUGCCCUAACAUGAGACUCUUUUUACAAAAGCACAUAUGUAAACCAUCUCUCUUCUUGCAUAGAAAAGACUUUACACGCUCAACAUUUUAACCACAUUCGAUGGGUAAAAUAGCAAAGACAUUUACAGAAUCAGUCACUAUAGACAUGCAAUUGUAUACAACAUGAGUGAUGUGUUUAAGGUUGCUUUCCCCACAAACCACAACAGGAAACACCAAUCGUCUCAAUCCCUCAAGGUCCAAGUACCGUGCAGUGAGGUAUCAGGCCUUACCCUGCAUCCCCAUGGCUGUGUAAUGCACUCCCUGACCACCUGAGGGCAGUAUCGCCUGUUGAAACUUUUAAACAGGACUUAAAACCUUCCUCGUUCCAAGUGCCUUCUUUCAAUUUAGUGCCUCUUACCUGUUACAGUCUUGUUUUUACUCUGUAGCACUUGAGUUUGGUUUAAAAUGUGAAUUACAAAUACGAUGUGUCAUUAUUAAUGUACAGAUUGUGCUCAAAAUGUGCAGAAGUAUUCAUGUUGAAUUGAAGAAUUGUGUCCAUAUCUGAUUCAACAUUGUUGACAUGUGUUUAGAAGAAACUGAUCUCAUGAUGUCAUUUUGCUCUUGAUUGUUUUGUAAGUUGUGUCUUGUUGUAAGUUAACCAUGGCCCCACAUUUGUGUUGUGCGUGACCCCUUUCAAAUGAACUAAUAAACUACAUUUUUAAGUC